AUGACCACCAUGAAAGGAAGCUGCAUCCUUGCACUACUGUUGGUAGGACUUGGGGUAUUAGGAAUACUGAAGCCAACAACAACAGAAGAUACCCACUGCCACAGAGCUGAGCACCCAGUUAUUGCAUAUAAAGAAAUUGCCCCUUGGUUACAUGUGUUCAGAGCAGAAGAUGCUGUUGACUUCUCACAGUUAACGUUUGACCCAGGACAAAAAGAGCUUAUUGCUGGAGCAAGAAACUACCUCUUCAGGUUGCAGCUUGAGGAUCUCUCUCUAAUACAGGCAGUGGAAUGGCAGUGUGAUGAAGCUACUAAAAGAGCCUGUUACAGUAAAGGCAAAUCAAAGGAGGAAUGCCAGAACUACAUUCGAGUGCUUCUUGUUGGAGGCAACCACCUCUUUACCUGUGGAACCAACGCGUUCACCCCAAUCUGUACCAAUCGGACGUUAAGUAACUUGACAGAGAUACAUGAUCAAAUCAGUGGCAUGGCUCGUUGUCCUUACAGUCCACAGCACAACUCUACUGCUCUUCUCACUUCCAGUGGGGAAUUAUAUGCUGCUACAGCCAUGGAUUUUCCAGGAAGGGAUCCUGCUAUUUAUCGCAGUCUGGGUGCCCUUCCUCCUCUCCGUACUGCCCAGUACAACUCCAAGUGGCUGAAUGAGCCAAAUUUUGUGUCAUCUUAUGACAUUGGGAACUUUACCUACUUCUUCUUCCGGGAGAAUGCAGUGGAACAUGACUGUGGGAAAACAGUCUUCUCUCGUGCUGCUCGGGUGUGCAAAAAUGAUAUUGGUGGCAAGUUUGUGCUAGAGGAUACUUGGACUACCUUCAUGAAAGCUCGACUGAACUGCUCUCGCCCUGGAGAAAUUCCGUUUUACUAUAAUGAACUACAGAGCACUUUCUUUCUGCCAGAAUUGGACUUGAUCUAUGGUAUUUUUACCACUAAUGUGAACAGCAUAGCAGCCUCAGCAGUUUGUGUUUUCAACCUGAGUGCCGUAACCCAGGCCUUUAACGGACCCUUCAAAUACCAGGAAAACUCUCGGUCUGCUUGGCUUCCAUAUCCCAAUCCCAAUCCUAAUUUUCAGUGUGGCACCAUGGACCAGGGUUUGUAUGUAAAUCUGACUGAGAGGAAUCUUCAAGAUGCACAAAAAUUCUUCUUAAUGCAUGAGGUCAUUCAACCAGUUAUUCCAAUUCCUUACUUCAUGGAAGACAACAGCCGAUUUUCCCAUGUGGUUGUGGAUGUUGUGCAGGGAAAGGACAUGCUUUUCCAUAUAAUCUAUCUUGCCACAGACUAUGGCACUAUUAAGAAAGUACUUGCCCCGAUGAACCAGACUUCAAGCAGCUGCCUGCUUGAGGAAAUUGAACUGCUGCCGAAAAGUCAGCGAGAACCUAUCAGAAGCCUUCAGAUCCUGCACAGCCAGAGUGUCCUUUUUGUGGGCCUUCAGGAACACGUGAUUAAGGUCCCUCUGAAAAGAUGUCUCUUUUACAAAACAUACAGUGCAUGCAUUGGAUCUCAGGACCCUUAUUGUGGCUGGGACAUGGUGAUGAAGAAAUGUACAACGCUGGAAGAAAGUCUGAGCAUGAGCCAAUGGGAGCAGAGCAUUACUGUGUGUCCAAUGAGGAAUCUGACAGUGGAUGGGCAUUUUGGAACAUGGUCGCAGUGGAAACCUUGCACCCAUAGUGACGGUGCCAGUGUUGGCUCCUGCCUCUGCAGGACACGUGUGUGUGACAGUCCUGCUCCUCAGUGUGGAGGUUGGCUGUGUGAAGGACCAACCAUGGAGAUUGCCAACUGUUCCAGAAAUGGAGGCUGGACACCAUGGACUUCUUGGUCACCUUGUAGUACCACUUGUGGAAUAGGCUUUCAAGUUCGUCAGCGUUCGUGCAGCAACCCAACCCCUCGGCAUGGAGGACGCGUCUGUGUGGGACAGAAUCGUGAGGAGAGGUACUGCAACGAGCAUUUGUUGUGCCCCCCUCAUGUGUUUUGGACAGGCUGGGGCCCAUGGGAGCGCUGCACUGCGCAGUGUGGAGGAGGGAUCCAGGCACGGCGUAGGACAUGUGAAAAUGGUCCUGACUGUCCUGGCUGCAAUGUGGAGUAUCAGCCUUGUAACACCAAUUCCUGCCCAGAGUUAAAAAAGACAACUCCUUGGACACCUUGGACCCCAGUCAAUAUUUCAGACAACGGCGGCCACUAUGAGCAGCGUUUCCGAUACACCUGCAAAGCGCGCUUGCCUGACCCAAAUCUGCUAGAGGUGGGGAGGCAAAGGAUUGAAAUGCGUUACUGUUCCAGCGACGGCACCAGCGGCUGCUCGACAGAUGGAUUAUCAGGGGAUUUCUUGCGUUCUGGACGAUACUCUGCUCAUACCAUCAAUGGUGCCUGGUCUCCCUGGUCUCCAUGGUCACAGUGCAGCCGUGACUGCAGCAGAGGCAUACGGAACCGCAAGCGGGUCUGCAGCAACCCUGAGCCCAAGUACGGCGGGCUCCCCUGCCUCGGCCCAUCUUUGGAGUACCAGGAAUGCAACAUUUUGCCUUGUCCAGUGGAUGGAGGCUGGUCUUGCUGGUCAUCCUGGUCAAAGUGUUCAGCAACUUGUGGAGGAGGGCAUUAUAUGAGAACUCGGUCCUGCACAAACCCAGCACCAGCAUAUGGAGGAGAUAUCUGCCUUGGACUGCACACUGAAGAGGCACUCUGCAACACACAGCCAUGUCCAGACAGCUGGUCCGAGUGGUCUAAGUGGUCCGAGUGUGACUCGUCUGGCCUUCAGUUCCGCGCUCGUCAGUGCAUCAUUUUGUUUCCUGUGGGCAGCCAGUGCACAGGCAACACCACGGAGAGCAGAGCCUGUGCUUUGGACUCCAACUUUAUACCAGAAAUAUCAGUGGCACGAUCCAGCAGCAUAGAAGAAAAGUGGUGUGGUGAGUUCAACAUGUUUCACAUGAUUGCAGUGGGAUUGAGUAGCUCGAUACUUGGUUGCCUUCUUACCCUGCUUGUUUACACUUACUGCCAACGAUACCAACAACAGUCCCAUGACGCAACUGUCAUCCAUCCGGUGUCACCAGCUCCUCUAAAUACCAGCAUUACAAACCAUAUCAACAAACUGGACAAAUAUGAUUCUGUAGAAGCCAUCAAGGCAUUUAACAAAAACAACCUGAUUCUGGAGGAGAGAAACAAAUACUUCAAUCCACAUCUUACUGCAAAGACUUAUUCUAAUACCUAUUUUACAGAUUUCAAUAAUUAUGAUGAGUACUAA